AAACGUCUUGCUGUUUUGGGUUUACAAACGUCUUGCUGUUUUGGGUUUACCCAGUUUCCCCAAUUGUUUUCCGGAACUUGGGGAAAACACGUUUUGGUUUUACCCUACUUCCCACCCCAGGGAGUUGAGGUAUUUUGAAACAAACAGCAAAGCUGGCAUUUUGAAGCCCGCCCCAGUACAGCUCUUAUCCACCUCGCCACACAUCCCAUCAAGUUCACUGCACCCAAAUCUUUCAAGCAAGGCCAGCGAGCAACCGCAAGACAGUCGCAACCUAUCGGGAACCUACUCAAGUGAUCUGCAAGAGUAGCUGAAGCCCCUGUUCAGCUCCCACGGUGGUUCCAAGUUUGUGACUUUCCCUUGCGGCGUCUGCGUUUGACAACAGGCCAGGCCGCUGCGAAAGCCCUCGCAAAAUUUUUUUUUCUUCACCUUUGCAAAUCAUGGCUGAACUUGAUGAUAGAAAACCCGCAGCUGUCACUGUGGACGCAGUGGAUGCAGCAGCAGACCAAGACUCAUCUGAAGAUGAAGCUCCUCCAGCUCUAGCCCCUGCUGUUCAAACAGUUGGCACCACCACACCAGCAGCAUCGUUAGAGCAGCACACUACAACAGUGGAACCCACAGCCCAAGCCAAACAAGCCCCAACAGUCACAUUUGCAGCGCCAAAUACACCAGCUGCUUCCACUCCCAGGUACUUUGCCCCAACAUCCCAGACAGGACAAAUUGCUCAAUGGUGCUCCAGUGAUGCCUUCAUCUAUGAGCAUGACAAUCAAGCUGCCCUCAAUGAACGAGCUAUGAUUAUUGACAUGCUCAAUGCAACUCAUCUUUUGCAACAAGAGAAUCGAGAUCUACUUGUUUUAGCCAACAAGGGCUACACCAAUGUUCCACCUGACCCUUGCUACUUCCUGGCAAGACUUAAUGGUGGUCAACUUGUCAUUUUCUAUGGAUUUCAGCAGUGCAACCAGCUUGGAUCGGCAUGGCAGUCCAAAACUGUUGUCUUUGUUGGUGACCCAUCUGCACCCAAUGUUGCCCCCCUGGUUUGGGUUCCCAAACGCUUAGCUGACUUUGCUCACGGCAAUCUCACAGUGUCAGCACUGACUACCAUCACCAAUGUUACGCGUGCCACCAGGAAUGGACCCACCAGUCAACGUGAGCUUCCAGUCAAGCUUGCAACAUCCAGAGCAGCACGAGAGCAUCCAAUAGUAACUAUGGUCAAGAUUCCCCCCCUCCUCCUGGCUCAAGCAUUUGCAGCUGGAGAUCCCCAGCAGAGUCCAUUGAAUUUUAUGCUACCAAUCCUCAACUUUGUUCAAAAGUGGACAGCUCAGGCAAAUGCGUUACCAGAACAGGGAUACAAGCGUGAUAAGAUGUUGACAUGUUUGAAAAACAGUUUGUUGACAAUGGUCACUCAGAAUACGGCCAUGCGAGGUACAGUGCAAGAAUCCGUGGGUGUGACUGCAGCAAUGUUGGAGCUGUCCCAAGAUUCCCUGUAUUUCCAGCCACCUGAUGUACACAGCACAAAUUGGGCCAUUGCCAACUGGAAUCGCCUAGCUCCACAACAGCAACCUUCAGGAGUGCAGCAGCCUCCACAGGUUCAACCUUUCGCAGCAGUGCAGCAGCCUGCAGCAGGAGUGAAACAGCCUCCACCAGUCCCACCAUUUGCAGCAAUGCAACAGCCUGCAGCCGGAGUGCAGCAGCCUCCACAGGUUCAACCUUUCACAGCAGUGCAGCAGCCUGCAGCAGGAGUGCAGCAGCCUCCACCACAGGUCCAACCAUUCACAGCAGCGCAGCAGCCUGUAGCAGGAGUGCAGCAGCCUCCACCACAGGACCAACCAUUCACAGCAGUGCAGCAGCCUGCAGCAGGAGUGCAGCAGCCUCCUCAUUUCCCCCCACUUUCAGCAGUGCAGCAGACUGCAACAGGGCGGAGUGCAGCGGCCUUCAUCAAUCCCACCAUUGGAAUGCAGCAACCUUCAGGAGGCCAGCCACACUCCUUCCACCAACCACCUGGACUCCAGUACCCAUUUGCGGCUCCACCUCCAACUACUUUUGGAUCACCAGCUGCUGCAGCUGCAGGUCCCAGUGUGUGGGGAACAUAUGCUCCGCCCCCCCCAGGCCCCCCAGCUGGACCAGCCCCAGAUCCCAGUGUGUGGGGACCACGUCCUCCUGCUCCCCCAGGUCCUCCUGUUGCACCAACUUGGUGGCCUCGGCAACCAGCUUAUGGUCCUGGGUUUCCCCCAGGAGCGCCUUCACAGGAAACGCCGGGGGCUUCCAAAGACACUGCCAUGUAUACCAUUAUCAUGCCAACUUUGUGUGCUCUUAUGGGCUUCACUUUCAUUCCAGCUGACCCUGUCCAACAGGGCAUGCCUAGUUUUCUCCCCCAACUGGCACAAGCAUCAGCAAAGGGUCCUGGUCUGAUGGCACUGUUCCGCAAUGGUAUCCAAAGUCUCACCAGCUCGCCGGACAACAGCACCUUUUUCCAGGGUUUCAAUAUCUCUCCCACCUUGCACAAAGAACUCCAAAGCUUUCAAUACAGCAUUGACGACCCUCAAACAGACUGGCACAAAGGGUUGGGCCCAGGUGUGGCCAUGAGCCGCGAUCGUCAAGCUGUCCUGGAUCGCAAACGUCUUUACGAGCAAAUUAACACGUUUGGUGGUAUGGGAAUCACAAUGGGCCGCCUCGGGGACACCAAAUUGGAAACACCCACUCCUUCCCUGCCCCGCACAUAUCAAGAGUUUCUGUUUUUCCUAACUUGGUAUGGAAAAAUUCUCUUGACUUGGCUCACACCAAACUGUGCCCUUUAUCGUCUGGUGGCAGCACUUUCUACAGAAGUGCUUAAUUACAAUCGGCACGCAACAUAUCCUGACCACUGGUACUGGGAAAAUGGCCCUUUCAUUCUUUGGAAACUUGUGCUGGAAGCCAAAAACUUCUUUGACCAAAGUCGCAGUCAUGAAACAUUCUUAUCGUUGGGUCCAAUUCGUUUUGCAACAGAGCCUCAUCUGGCAGCUAGAGAUCUUAUCCGAGAUGCAAAAACUGGCCUUUCUCAGACUGAACUCCCUGGACCAUUUCAGCAACUAUUGAAUUACAGUGUCCCAGGUCGCCCAACACCACCCGUGCAUUUCAAUCCUGGAGGACAGAUGGCACCCCCGGUGCAGCCGCCCCCAGCAAGGCAGGCACCACCAGCGCAAGCUUCUGCCCCCCCCUUCUGGUAG